AUCAGCGGCCGGCAGAUGCGGGCGGGCCGCGUUUCUAUUGGCCGACCUUGAGCCUGGGCGCUCCUAUUGGCCGCGGGGGCGGCGUGGGGGCGGGGCGAGGCGCGGCGCGCGGCGGCGGCGGGCACGGGAGCGACGCGGGAGCGGCUGAGGGCGCUGUUGCCAUGGAGACGAGCGCGCACCCCUAUUGGCCGCGCGCGCUGGCGUUGCCGGGAUACGUGGCGGGCGCGCGGCCCGGCUGGCAGUGCGCAGGCGCGGUGGCGGCGGCGGCGGCGGCGCUGUUCGCGCUGGGCUGGGCCCUGGGCGGGACCGGGGGCGGGGCCAAGGGCGGGGCCAAGCGAAGCCCCGCCCGCCGGUUGGUCCUGGGCUGGUUCCUGGUGUGCGCCGGCAUCCACGGGGUCCUGGAAGGGUAUUUCAGCCUCCGGCACCGGGAGCUGCCCGCCGACACCGGGCUGCUGGCCGACGUCUGGAAGGAGUACGCCAAGGCCGACAGCCGCUACAUGACGAGCGAUGACUUCACGGUUGCCAUGGAGACGGUGACAGCCUGGGCCUGGGGUCCCCUGAGCUUCCUCACCUUCCUCGCCCUCCUGCGGCAGCACCCGGCCCGCUACAUCCUGCAGCUCGUGGUGUCCCUGGGCCAGCUGUACGGUGACAUCCUGUACUUCGCCACGGAGGCGCGGGCGGGCUGGGCCCACAGCGACCCCCACCCCUUUUAUUUCUGGGGUUACUUCGUGGGGCUCAACGGGCUCUGGGUGCUCGUGCCCGCCCUGCUGCUGCUGGACGCCGGCCGGGAGCUGGCCAGGGCCCAGCGCGGCCACGACCGGCCCCGCCACAAGGCCCACUGAGGGGGGGAGACCCCCAGAGACCCCCGGGGAUGAGGGACCCCCCCCACGGACCGAGGGACCCCCCCACGACUGGCCCCGUCACAAGGCCUACUGAGGGGGGAGACCCCCAGAGACCCCCGGGGGUGAGGGACCCCUCCCCAGGGCUGAGGGACCCCCCUAGGGGUGAGAGACCCCCCCAUGGACUGAGGGACCCCCCCCCACAAUGCCCACUGAGGGGGGAAGACCCCCAGAGACCGCCCCCCCCCCCCUCCGGAGGUGAGGGACCCCUCCCAUGGACUUAGGGACCCCCUCCGAGGGAGGGUUCAGCACCAGGAGGGUCCUGGAGGGGAAUUUUGGGACCCCUGCCCACCCCAAAAGCUCAGGGAGAGCAGCUGGAGCCCCCCCGUGUUCCCCGUGGGGGUCUCAGCCUCGUUUUUGGGGGUCCCCCCCUCGGUUUUGGGGUCCCCCUCUCGUUUUUGGGGGUGUACCGUGGGAAUGUUCCUCAUUGCUGGGGGGCAAGGUUGGAUUUUAAUAAAGGAGCUGGAAAUGGA